AUGCUCGCAGACAACGUCAAGAUGGUCAGCCUCUCGACUGCCAGCCACUGCACACUGCAGAGGCCCCAGCAGCAUUUGAACGCAGAGAAUGACAACGGCAGCAAGAGCGCGAGUGAGCUCAAAGCAGAGAGGCACGGCAUGAAGACCCGCCUGCUGCUCGCUGACUACCGAACUCUCAGAGCUGCAGUGAAGCUGGCGGUCACACGAGGGAAGACAGCCCAGCUGGCAGCAAGACCUCCUACCCCACCUGCCACACUCAAACAGAUGCAAGCCACACGGAGGAGCCUUGCUCAACAGGCACACAGAGCGAGAGAGCGAGCUGCCCAGGGUCAGCUUCAAGAUUCCAACCUGCCCACAUCAAAUGCUGGGGCACCUCCUCCAUCAAAUCGAACCCUUGCACAGCGUGCGCGUCGAGAGCGCGAAAGAGCUGCAAUUUACGCAUGUUUGACCUUGAUGCCUCUCUAA